GUUAAUUAAAUACAAGUUAAUUGAGUAUAAUUUAUGUUAAAAUGUACUUCAAACUUCUGUUGUUGAUAUUCAUUGUAUCAUUUAAUUGUGAACUUGGGAAUACAUCUGUAUUGGAUUGGAUAUGGCAAGCAAAGACGGAUGACACAACUGUCUUAGUGGCAGAUGGUGUGCCUUUGGUUUCAAUUCCUUACGAGUCGAUGACAGAGGAUGAGAAGUUUCUCCAAGAGGCUGCCAAGUUCACAGAUAUUCAAGUAUCUUCUCCACUCGAAACUUGUCAACACAAAGUGGUGAUGAAAAUAAGGACAUCCUGUACUGAUAUGACAGAAGAGCAAUUAGCUAAGCUCAGUGUCAACCUUCUCAAUUGUCAGUCUGCAGUAGAAGGCAGAAAGAUGUUUCCCUGUACAGAAGAAAUGUCCCUUAAGCAGUGUACAACUGAUAUGGAUGCUGAUAUGUGGAAUACUUAUCAUUUAAUGAGUAAUAGAGCGAGAGCAGUUUGUUACGCAGCUCGAAGUACACAAUUUAGAGCUCUUACAGAAUUGACAGUCAACAAGUUGAUGCAGUCCGCACACUCACACAUUAAAACGCUAAGCUCUUUGAAGGAAGGUCAAGAUCGUUUAGAAGAACAAACAGCAGAGGCCCUAUCAUCAUUAUCUACAGGAAACAAAGCACUCUUGGAGCAACAGCAAUAUCUAAAGGAUGCACAGAUCACAGCUCACAAUCUUGUAACAACGAAUCUAAGAGAAUUGAAUGAUGAAAAAGCAUUGAUACGAUCUGGACAUGCUCAGCUCACAGCCAUGACAGAAGACAUAAGAAAUAAAUUAGCGAAGGCACAAGAGGAUCUCGAACAACAGUCUAUCAAGCAGGGAGCAAAUCACAAAGAGAUCCUGCAAGACUUGGUGUACAUACAGGAACAAGCACAAUCAAUCUGGGAGAAAAUUGAAAGAAGCACUAAUCAUAUAUUGGAUAGACACGAGGAGACAAUCGCGCAAUACGAGCAAACGUUGCACAAGCUCGCGCAAAUCAAUGAUACCAUUCAGUAUAUCUGGAAUCUCACUGACACGAUGCGUAGGGAAAUAGAUCAGAAAUUAGGAUGGAUCACUGAUUAUAUCGGCGACACUGGUGAACAAGUGCAAAAAGUGUAUCGCACGGUUUUACACGUCAUUUAUAUAUUAGUGGCGAUGAUAGUCGCUUCGUUUUUACAAGCACCAUUUUUGACCAGAGCUACUAUCAUGGGCAUCGUGCCAGUGAAUCUCAUAACUUACUUGAAACAUGGCAUGGAGACUACUUUGGAUUUUACAUCUAUAACAGUGUUAAUAUUUUUAAUCACCGGAAUGCAUUUUGUAAUGCUGGCAAUACAACGUACUUUUGGACCAAGCAUAUUGAAGACUAAAUUGACCAAUAUGACUUAUCAGAACGAACAUUCGAAUGGAGAUGCACACAAAUAUACGUCGUCGUCAUAUUCCAAUUCUAUUCCAAAGGCGCCACUGCACACUAGAUUAAUAAAGAAAAUUCGAGAACUUUAUAAUCUCAUUAUUUCUAAAGUAAAAUACUGCGCAAAAGAAAUCAAUAUUUUGAUGCAAUCGGUAGUUUCGUGGAGUCGGCAAAAUUCGAAUGCACACGAAGAACUCUCUUGUUCGUAUCGGUCGUCGAAAAAAAUGCACGAAGAUGUCGUUCACAACUAUUUGAACAGCCAGGAAUUUCCAAGUAUGAUAUCGGACGAUAUUAUAAAUAAUGAUUAUUUCAAACCGAUAAACGCAUCGCAAUACGAUAAUGCUAGUAACAAUAACCGUGGCGACGAUGACGAAAGCAACAAUGAUGACGACAUUAGUGACUUAGUAGACGCAUACGAAUUGAGACGUCGUCUACGUAAAAUGGAUACAUUGCAGUCCAAAAGUAUUACCCCAUCGUUCACAUCGCCGAGGAUAUUCACUUGUUUGGCAACAACGAGGGCUGGUAAACAAUGUCGAAAGAUCGCCUCGCCUGGAAGAAACUUUUGCCAUCAUCACGUUAGUGGUACAUCUUUGGCUAACUGAACGAGAAAAGCUGGAAACAAUGAGCGUUAAUGUGACAAUUGGUCUUUCAGUCAUGCUCGGCAGCAUAUUUGGCAGUAAUUAACACGUUCACUACAGCGUAUUUAAAAAACAUCUAUAAAUUGUGUUAUAUAUAUAUAAGUCUGAAAUGACUUAAUAUAAUACAAUACUAAUAUAGUGGAGUACAGUACGGUAGUGUUUUUUAUCUUAUAACAAGAUUUUAUGAAAGUCAAUUUGUAUCAUGCGGGUAGCGUUAAACAAGGAUAUAGUUGUGAUAUACUUGUGUUUAUAGUAAUUACAAUUAAAUUUUUAUUUAUUUGUGGCGUA